AUGGGCGGCACUAAAUGUUGUUUUCGCGAUUGUCGUGUAAAUUCCGGCCGCAACCCCAGCAUGCACUUCUUCAAGUUCCCGGCCAAGGACCCCAGUAGGUUAAAGGAUUGGGUCAAGAACUGUGCAAAUCCAGAUAUUUCAAAUGCGUCCACUACCAAACUUUCCACGCGGACCGUGUGUGCCCGGCACUUUCGAGCGGAAUCCUUCAUGAACUACAAAAUGGACAGGCUGAUUCCCAAGCAGACGCCCACCUUGCUGAGGAUCAACAGGGAUCUGGCCCUGGAUUUUGGGAAUCUCGACCAGAACGGCGAGGCACUUCUGGUGAAGCUGAAGCCUCCAACGCAGCCGCAUCUUAUACCGCCCAAGGAUUUCGAGUGUCCCCUGGGCUUCGUGGACGGCGAUGGGGAAGAUCAUGAUGAUGAUGAUGGUGGGCAGAGACUGGAGAAACCACAGGAAACUCAAACUGAGGCGGAGGAACAGCCACCAUCGGAAGACGAAGCUCCAGAAAUCGAUCUUUUGAUAAAUUCGGAGCAGGAGCAGUCGCCUGUGGCCAAGGAGAAGGCAGCGGUGCCUCAAAAUAUUCUGGAUAUAAUGAGUCAACUGCAGCCUUCGCUGGGCAUUAAAUUGAUUCAAAGGCCUGUGGAGAUUCAGAGAAUGGCUGCCAAUGAAGAACAAACGGCCAAGGAGCAGACUGGAGAUUCAACCAAAAGGCAGAUGGUGACCAAUGAGGCCGAAACAAGUAGUAAUAAACCAGAGAUCAGAAAGCUGGAGGAAGAGAAGCAACCUACGAAGGAUCAGGCCAAGAGAAGGAAGAUACAAGAACAAAAGACUGAAAACCCUGUUCAAAUUGGGAAGAAUUUGCAAGAGAAUGUAAAGAGACAAACGCAAAAGGCUCCACAAUUAGAGAAGCCCACACAAUCCAGCCACUUUAAGCAGAAUCCCAGCCAAGAGAAGCCCACUGUGCAUUCCGAAUCCCCAGGUUUCUUGAACGACGAAGAGAAUAUGGAUAGUCAGAGUAGUAGUGACUCAGAGCCAACUGAAAAACCAUCUUCUUCCGAAGACGCCCUCCAUGAGAAACUCCUUCAGGAUUAUAACAAACUACAGGCAGAGUUUGAUAGACUCUCAGAGGAAAAUGCCAAGCUAAAACGACUGCAGGCAGAACAGCCGAAGGCUCCCAAACCCGCCUCCAACUCACUGGGCAAACCACAGCUGUACAUGGCCAUCAAGAAGUACCUGGGACCCACAAUGGCCGCCCUGCUGCGCAUGGAAAUGUUCGGCGGUUCCGAGGAUCGCACCUGGAAGGAUGACGAGCGGGAGUUCGCCACCGAGCUGCUGCAACUGGGCGACGAGGUGUACAAGUACUGCUGCGACGAGUGGCGCUUCCGGCUGCCCUCGCUACGAACUGCCCGCUCCUGGCUGGAGAAGAAGAAAACGGAUAAUGCCGACGAGUUUCUCGAUCUUUAGGCUUGCUUUUGCAAAUUAGCUGUAGUACUAAUCAUUUAAAAAUUAUUUAAGAACUUUAAUUAGUGAUUUUAAUCGACCUAUGUUUACUAUUGA